AUGGUGGAAGCUCAGCUUCUGCGGUCGCAAGGCAAUGCAAAGGUGAAAGCCGGACACUUGAGGGAGGCAAUCGAGCUGUAUUCCGAAGCUCUGGAUCUGCUCGAAUCCUCCGAAGGAGCCCGGGAACGUGCAAUGAUCCUGGGCAACCGAUGCCACUGCUACAUGCGCCUUUCCAGGUAUCAGGAAGCACGUGCAGAUGCACAAAGUUCUGUGGAAGCCGAUCCUACGUAUACAAAGGGACUCUAUCGCCUGGCGCUUUGCCAAAAGGAGCUCUCUGACUUGGCCGGCGCAUGGGAAAGUGCAACACGAGCAGCUGCUUUGGACCCCACGAGUCCUGAGAUAUGUGCCCUCCAGUCUACAAUUGCUGAGCUGGAAGGUUCAUAG